AAUAAUGAUAAUAAUAAUAUCAGGCGAAGUUCUUAGAAGGCUUACAAUAUGGUUUGAUAUGUAAUCAUUCUGGUAUUUGUUAAUAAAUCGUCGUUUCCAAUGGAAGAAGAAGCAGGCAUACUUGUCAUUACUCUUAAAAAUAUUCAUCAAUAAUUGGGGACAAUCCAAGUAACAAAUUUAUUGCUUAUAGGUACACAGUAUUUCAUAUCAUUUUGGAAUCAUGGAAUUGUCACACAGUCUGACACUAAAUGAAGAAGCUUUAGCUCAGUUGAGUGAAGCAAAAAAACCAGUAUUCAUAUUUGAAUGGCUCAGAUUUUUGGACAAAGUUUUGGUUGCUGCCCAAAAGAAUGACAUAAAAGGGUGUCAGAAGCAAUUAGUGCAACAACUAAUGAACCGUAUUCAGGAAUCUCCUGGCCCACCAACUAGAAAACUAAUAGCAAGGUGUCUGGCAACUUUAUUCUCUGUUGGAGAUACUUUCCUGCUUUUUGAUACUGUGAAUAAAUGCAAUGACAUUUUGAGAAAUAAAGAUGACUCACCAAGCUUCCUACCUACAAGACUAGCUGCUAUUUGCUGUGUUGGCACCAUGUACAAAAAGUUAGGCAGAAUGAUGGGGAGAUCCUAUGAAGAAACAGUCCAUAUCUUGAUUCGUUCACUGAGGAAUGCUGAAUCCCAAACAAGAAUUGAAAUAAUGCUAACCCUAGAAAAAGUGUGUGCAGGAAUGGGUACUGCCAUAAACAAUGUUCACAAAGACAUAUACAAAGCUGCUAGACAUUGUUUGAUUGACAGAGUGAUGGCAGUGAGAUGUGCUGCAACAAGAUGUCUACUAGAAAUGCUCAAUCACACAAUGUUUUUUUAUACAACAGAAUUGGAAAGUCUGGCUUCCCUAUGUUUCAGAGCUUUUGAUGGUUCCAACUAUGUUGUUCGUUGUACUGUUGCCAAACUUCUGGGUGCCUUGAUUGCUAUGACACAACAACAACAAAAUAUCUCUGGAAAAGUUUCCCAACAGCAACAACAGCAGAAAGGUCCUAAACUAGUAUCUCUGGAUGAGGCAUUAGGAGUAUUCAUGUCUGGAUUUCUUCGAGGUGGUGUUGGAUUCUUGAAAGGAACUGGAGAAAUUAUAAAAGGAAGUUCUGGAGUAAAUAGAGAAGUGAGAGUUGGGGUGACACAUGGUUAUGUCAUCUUUGUUCAGAUACUGGGUAGUAAAUGGCUUGAAAAGAAUAUGAAAGCUUUCCUCACACAUAUUCUCUACCUUGCUGCAAAUCCUAAAGCAGCUUCAAGCCAUGUUGAUGCUGUUUAUUCCAGAAAAUGUAUAAAUUUUAUUUUGAGGAGUGUUCUUGGAAAAAUGUUGGGUGAGAAAGCACAAGCCUCAGCUUGCAAAGAAAUAGCCCAAAUCAUUGUGAAGGAGAUGAAUUCUAUUGAUUUCAAUCCAGAAAAUGCUAAAGAUGCUAAUCAAGAAACACUUUUCAGCCAACAUUUACUAGUAUGUGCACUUCAAGAAAUUGGGACACUUGUUUCAAGUUUGGGAACAACUGCACAUGAUUUGAUAACAGAUCAGUCAUUAAAUAUGAUAGAUGUCACCAUGAGUGUUUUGAUCCACCCAUGCCAAGCUGCUAGACUGGCUGCAGCUUGGUGCCUUAGAUGUAUUUGCGUUGCUGUCCCUAGCCAGAUCUCCCCUCUUAUAGACCGUUGUGUCAGUGGAAUAGAACAGUUUCGAACCUCCCCAGAAGCCAUAUCAGGUUACAGCUCUGCUCUGGCAGCUGUCUUAGGAGGUGUUAAACUUUCACCUCUAGGAGUGCCUCACAUGAAAGGGAAAAUAAUCUUCAAUACUGCCGAGGAAUUGCUGAGAAGCGCUAGCCAGAAUAGUAGAUUGUCCCUGAAUAGGACUCAAGCAGGGUGGUUGCUUAUUGGAGCCAUCAUGACUUUGGGUAUACCUGUAGUGAAAGGGCUUUUACCAAGGAUGCUGUUGCUCUGGAGGAACUCUUUUCCUAGGUCAGCUAAAGAAUUGGAUUCAGAGAAGGCACGAGGAGAUGUGUUCACAUGGCAAGUCACGCUGGAGGGCAGAGCUGGAGCUCUAUCGGCAAUGCAUAGUUUUCUUCAGAAUUGUUCUGAACUUGUUAAUGAAGAUACCACAAGAAGAUUGCUCACUCCAAUUGAAUCUGCUCUUGCUAUGCUAACCAAUAUAUCUGGAAUAUUGAAAACUUAUGGACAACAUUUGAAAGCACCGGCUGCAAUGGUUAGACUUCGUCUCUGUGAAACACUUCUGCUUCUACAUCCUCAAUGUUAUGAAAAUUCAUACACACACUUAUUGAGGAUGUUGGUUGCGGAAUUCACAUUAACAGAAAAUCCAGCCAAUACAACUACAUCUCAGCUCCGAUCAGUUUGUCAUGCUGAUGAUUCUGUUAUCUUAGGUACUUGGUUGCAGGAGACAGAUCACCGGACAAUUGAAGAUCAGAUGGAACCCAAUCGAAGGGCUGAUGGUGAACAUCUUCAACCAAACAGUGCCGCUGGUUCUGGGGCAUUGGAACAUGAUCAAUGUUGCCUCUACAGACAAGUGAAUCAAGGCGAGACUAUACCAGGACCUUUACCACUAGGAGUAACAGUGAUCGACAUAUCAGUUCUACUGUUCGGUCAAAUCUUUCCCAGGGUAACCAACAAACACCGUGUUCAAAUGCUCGAUCAUUUUGCAGAGUGCAUAAAGCAUGUGCGCAGUACCAGGCAAGAAGCGGUUCAAAUGAAUGUAUUUACUGCCUUGCUGAGUGGUUUGAAGGGCCUAACUGAAACUAAAGUUAAUAUCAAUCAGGAAGACAUCAAAAAGUCUGCUGUGAACUUGAUUAUAGGAGCACUGACUUCACCUAAUCCCAUUCUUCGAUAUGCUGCAGGUGAAGCUGUGGGUCGUAUGGCACAAGUAGUUUCUGACCCUAAAUUCACAGCUGAACUUGCUCAAACAAGUUUUGAUAGACUGAAGUCAGCUAGAGAUGUAGCUAGCAGAACUGGCCAUUCUUUGGCUCUGGGAUGCUUGCAUAAGUAUGUGGGCGGUAUGGGAUCUAGCCAGCACUUGACCACAAGUGUUUCAAUUCUACUUGCACUAGCACAAGAUCAAACAUCUCCAAUAGUUCAAGUUUUGUCGCUACAUGCACUAGCGUUGAUCGUAGAUUCUGGUGGCCCAAUGUUCAGAGGCUAUGUUGAACCAAGUCUCUCUGUCAUACUCAAACUUCUGCUGAAUGUCCCGCAGUCUUACAUUGAUGUUCAUCAAUGUAUUGGGAAAGUACUCUCGGCACUUAUAACAGUUAUUGGACCAGAACUUCAAGGCAAUACAGCUAGUAUAUGUACUGCUAGGUCUUCCUUUUUGUGCGCCUGUGCCAUUAUGCAGGACCAUCAUGAUCCAUUGGUUCAGGCUGAAGCUACAGGAUGUCUGCAACAAUUGCAUUUGUUUGCACCAAAACAUGUCAAUUUAUCAUCACUGGUACCAACAUUAUGUAGAACACUAUCUAGUAAUCAUUUAUUACUGAGGAGAGCUGCCAUAUCAUGUUUGAGACAACUGGUACAAAGAGAAGCAAAAGAAGUUUGUGAGCAUGCUAUGAAUUUGGCCAGUGAAAGUCGUGAACAGAACAAUGUGGAAGGUCUGACCAUAACAGAAACUGGUCUACCAGGGGUAUUUUUCAGCAUGCUAGACACCGAGACUGAUACAGGCUUGAUAAAAGACAUUCAUGACACGAUAAUCAGUAUGUUACAAGUUCUUUCUGCUGAUAACUUGGCACAGUGGUUGGGAUUGUGCAAAGGUGUUCUAACUGUGGCCACUGAAAACAGUUCUGAAGAUCGUACUAGUUCAGCAACAAAUGACGUGGAAGGAGAUGAUGGAGAAGUAGAUGAUGACCAAGAAGAAUUUCACGCAGAAGAUGAUGCUUCUCACCCAGCUGUUCAACCUAGGUGGCCAACCAGAGUAUUUGCUGCUGAAUGUGUUAGAAAAAUUAUAGCAGCAUGUGAAGCUAGCAACAAAACGGCUCACUUCGAUUUAGUAGAAGCAAAGGAGCAACAAAUAACAAGAGGCAAAAGUGACUUCUUGACCUUGCAUCUAUCAGAUUUGAUUAGAAUGGCGUUCAUAGCAGCUACUAGUGACUCAGAUCCUUUGAGACUAGAGGGUUUGAAAACCUUACAGGAGAUCAUCGAAAAAUUUGCCAAAGUUCCUGAACCCGAAUUUCCUGGACACCUGCUCCUUGAGCAAUUCCAAGCUCAGGUAGGUGCAGCUUUACGACCGGCAUUUUCUCCCGAUACUUCCUCACUGGUUACAGCAGCAGCUUGUGAAGUCUGUUCAACUUGGAUUGGGUCUAAUGUUGCCAGAGACCUCCAUGAUUUGAAAAGAGUACAUCAAUUACUAGUAUCGUCUUUGACAAAACUCAGAACGAAGACUAAUGUUAAUCAGCUGUAUAAUGAGAGUUUGGUGACCCUUGAGAAACUAUCCAUAUUGAGAGCUUGGGCAGAGGUGUUCAUUGUUGCUAUGAAGGGUCAUGAAUCUGCAGUUAAUUUGUCUUUCACAACAACAACAACAACAACAACUGCUACUAAUGACAAUGAAUUCACAGACUUCGAAUACCGAGGAGAAAGCUUACUAACUCUAGUGCAGCCAGAACUAUCAAGCCUCUCACAGUAUUGGUUACUAGCAUUGAAAGAUCAUGCUCUACUAUCACUUCCAAGUGAAUUCUCCAGUCAGUUACCACAUGAUGGCGGUGCCUUUUAUACGAAUGAAACCAUGGACUCUUCAAGACCCCAUUAUGUUUCAUGUUGGCCGCCAAUUUUGCAUGCUGCUGCAUUAUUGUUGAAUACAGGGAAUUUCAAAAGAGACAGUGAUAAUGAUAAUGAUGAAAACCCGAACAACAACAGAUCAAAUGAAGACCCAUCUGAUAGGUUCCAUUUACUUUUCGGUAUUUGCAUGGAAGCUCUGUGCAGUCCGCGUUCCACGGAACCUUUGGAAAGCACUGUUACCUGUCUUCAGGCAUUGUAUACUUUGCUGGAGACUAAAUAUGCGAGGAAAUUGUUGAUGUCUGACAGAUCAUUAGGUAUUGAAAUGUGCAAUGUUCUACAUCGCUUGAUUCUCACUAGAGAUAGCCACAAUUGCCAGUUAUUGUGUUUAGAAGCCUUGAAGCAAAUAGUAAAAGCCGCGCAAGAAUAUCUCGAUGAGACUAAGAAGGAUAAAUUGAAUGAAGGAGAAAGUGUGACUGAAGUUGAUAAACUAGGAGAAGGAGGUGAACUUGGACAAAUAAUUCCUGGAAAUUCUCUGGUUAUUUCUUGCCUAGAAGUGUGCCUUUGUCUCAUCAUCCGUCAGCUACCAUCAUUGAGUCCUGUGCCAAAUACAACAAUAGUCAAUUCCUUCAGAGUCAUGCAGUCUGGAGAACAAUCAGGUCAAUUACUAGCAUCAUCUAUAAGUUGCAUGGAAAAUCUUCAUAAACUCUGUUCUCCAAAAGGUGCUCUCUCAAUCUUGCCAACAAUAUUGUAUCUAACCACAGGCGUCAUUAGAGAAGUCUCCACCAAGAGUGUGAAUGAUGUCAAUGUCAUGGCCAACAGUGCUUCUGUUCAAUCAGCUUUGCAUUGCUUGAAACUUAUAGCAACUGAUCCAUACUGCAGUCAUCCCGAGAGCUGUGAUAUGUGGCAGAAGUUGCUACAAAGCUCACUUGCAAAAAUAAUUGAUCUCACCAAAACUAGAAAUGAUGACACAAAACUUGAUGAGGUGACAAUGAUGCUGGCUAUAGCAGUGUUCGUUUUGAACGCGCCAUGUAAAGUUGUUACAGUACCCAAUCUUCAGUAUCCCUGUAUCAACCAUUUUAGACAAUGUUUCGAAGACCCGAAUUCAGUGGUUCGUUUGAAAUGUGUGCGUACAUUGAAGUCAUUAUUUGGCCACCACGAUCGUGCCAUUUCCACACCUUACAUUCAUACGUUGGCUCCUCAACUUGUUGAAUUUUUGUAUUCAGAUACAGCAAAGAAACCAUACUCUGAUGGAGAACUGUUGGUUACUAUUGAAACCAUCACUGCUAUAGAAUCCCUUAUUGAACUAGCUGAACCAGAUACACGUAUUCAGAUGCUGACAUUACUGGUCCCUGUUUUAAUUAGUUACCUAUCUGAGCCGAAUACUCGUAAUACCACUAAAUAUGCCCAGUCAUUGCAUGAUGUAAGCCUACAGUGGCUUAUGAAGAUUGGCCCCAAAUAUCCGCAGGAAUUCAAAAGGCUGAUGAUGCAAUCCGAAGGUCUGCGUGUGAAACUAGAGAAUGCCAUUCGUAUUAACCAAACUAGUCAGUGCAAAAUCAAAAAUGAAGUGAAUAUAAAUCAGCAGUUACCUAGUCAUACCCCAACUAUCAAACUGAAGACCGAUUUCAGCAAUUUCUCCUAAUUAGUCACUGAUUAGUGUCAUUGUAUAGACUAGAAAAUAAUAUAGACUUGGAUGUGAGGUAGGUGAUAUCCUUUUCAAAUUUUUCAUUUGAAUUUUUUAUUUCUUCCGACUGAUAUUAUGAAUAUUGUUUUGCCAUUUUAUAGGUCUAUAAAAUAUUUAUGAAUGUUCUGAGGCCUACCGUUCUUAAUGAUAGACAAUGUCGAGAACAUGUAGAAAAAAAUGUUAAAAUCUUGUAUCAAAGUAUCAACAGCAGGUGAAAUAUGGCACAUUUUUCCGCUCUCAAUAUAUACAUGAAUCUUCAGAAUUUACUUAAAGCAUGCUAUAUAUAGUUGAAUGAAUACAUAAAAAAUCAUUGACAAAAGAAGGCAUUCCAGUAAAGUAGGUAAACUUUCAACUAAUAGUGGAAUAGUAUGAAAAGAAUUUUUAGCCAUUUAAUAAAAAGAAUAGGGAGCAAAUAAUAUGUCAUAUUUUGUACCUUAGGUUCUGUGAUAGUACUUGUAAUAGGGAAGAUUCUUCCAAUCUUUUGGUUGGUUUCGAGUUUUUUACUAGACAUUUUCAUUUUAAAUAAUUGAAAAUAAUCUCUUCCAAAAACAUCCCAUUUCAUCAGUAGUAUCAAAGAUCAUGUAUACAGCUAUUAUUUUCGUUUUUACUCAGUUGAAUUAUUUAUUAUCCCAUAAGGUAUGAUACAAAAAUCUGAUUUGUAAUUGUAAAUCAUUUCUCGCAAUAAAUGUUGUAAAUAGUUUCCUUAUUUAAAUAUGUUAUAACUGUUUUCUAAAUUAUUUAAUGAUUGUAAUUUAUUUCUGAGAUUGCGUUUUUACCUAAUAAAAAAUUAUACAUG